AUGCCACCGAAACGUCCAAUACGCAACGUGUUCGGCAACGACGACGACGAUCCUUCGGCGAAUGACGAGACGCAAAACGGCACACCGCCUAAAAGGUCUCGUCCUGAUUCGAGAUCCACCACCAUCCACCGCGUAGGCGUCCCACCCGCCGUCACUCAGCAUGCGCAAGCGGCUCAGCGGAAUGGACGAGGAGGAGGAGGAGGGACGGGAGAAGACACGAGCAUUCAGGCACAGAUAGCGGCGGCCAAGGCGAGAGCACAAGCGUUGACGAGUGCGCUUCCGAACAAGGGGUCUGCUCCGGCGGGCGGCACUUCUGUUCCUGCAGCGAUGCCAACGACGUCCAUAUUUGCGCCUGCGAGCAGAAGGAGUGCUGUUAAUGGCAGAUCGGCGGCAUCAGCGGUGCCAUCGCCAGUAACGGCGGGUACAUCGAGCAGCCCUACAGCAAGACUGCCUGUAGCGGGUGCAGGCAGCGGCAGCAUUCAGGCCCAACUCGAAGCGGCUCGUGCUAGAGUGGCUGCUCUCAACCACAAAAACAAGAUGCCCACCGCCACCACCACCGGAUCGCGCUCAGCGCCUCAAUCAAGUAGCACCUCGACUGCUGCUUCAACAACAACAUCCUUCUCUUCCUCAGCAGCAUCAGCCUCAUCAACAAAAGCGCCAACAGGAAUCCACCCACUUCUCCUCUCCAGCGACCUGCCGUACAAGCCCAAAAGUGCCGAAGCAAACCUCAAAACCCUCUCAAGCACGUACGUCAAAGGUCGCACCAAUGUUGCACCUGAAUCGAACCCUUACUUGCAAGCGAGUAGAGAACUUGCCACCGAUACAUCGACCCAAGAAGGACCCAAGCAGCGCUCCAUGCACAGAGGGUUCCAAUUUCACAAGCCGGGGCGACACGUGCGCGAGGCCGAGGAGCUGCGACACGAGCAGCAAAUGGAAGAUCUCAAGCGGCGCAUCGAGGAGAGUGCACGCAAGGCUGGUUUGCAGGACGAGCUGGGAGGUGACGAGAAAAGGCUGUUGCAACCUGCACCGCCAGACGUCGAGUGGUGGGAUGUCAACUUGCUUUCGUCGCCUUCGUAUGAUGGUGUACCUGACUUGACGCCCGUGGCAGAGAUGCUCACGCGAGCACAAGAGGCAGACUCGCCCAUGAUUCUUUUCGGCGAAACAACCCCAAUCGACCAAUACAUCCAGCACCCGGUCCCUAUCCCAGCACCCUCGGACAACGUCGCCGUGCAACCACGUGGCCUGAUGCUGACGAAGCGCGAACAGCGCAAGCUGCGUCGUCAACGACGUGCCGCUGAACAACAGGACAAGCGCGACCGCAUAAAGAUGGGCCUCCUACCACCCGAACCGCCCAAAGUGAAGCUGUCCAACCUGAUGCGCGUGCUCACCUCGGAAGCCGUUUCGGACCCGACCAAGAUCGAAGCGCGAGUACGACGAGAGAUUGCGGCGCGCAAGGAGGCACAUGAACGGAUGAACGCCGAGAACAGGCUGACGGACGAACAGCGGCACGAAAAGGUGGAGAAGAAGAAACAGGCCGAUGAGGAGAAGGGUUUGUUCUGCCAGGUGUAUCGCGUGCAGCACCUAGUGAGUCCGCGGCACAAGUUCAAGGUCCAGCGCAAUGCGCUCGACCACGCCCUGACGGGUGUCACGAUCUUCCACCCCAACAUGGCGCUCGUCGUUGUCGAGGGCAGCGCCAAGGCGUUGAAGGCGUACAAGCGAUUAAUGACCGUACGCAUCGACUGGACGGAUCCCGGUCAACCCAAGAACGCCUCUGAAGACGAGGAGACGCACGAGGAACCAUCGGCCAACAAUACCCCGCUCACAGGGUUCAGACACCUCACGACAAGCACAGACGAUGUCGAUUGGUCCUCUAACUCCUGUCAAUUGAUCUUUGAAGGUCCGAUUCGGCAGAGGAAUUGGGGCGGGAGAGGGUUCAGAGCUAAAGCUGCGCCUACGGACCAAGCAGCAAGGGACACACUCGGCGAGCAGAUGCAGGGGUAUUGGGAUGUGGCGAAGCGCGCCGUUCAGAGUCAGGCGGACGCGUUUUGA